CCGGUCGGAAGCGGCCGAAGGCGGAGGAUGGCGCCGGGGCUGGCGCUCUGCAAAGGCCCGCGCACGCGGCUGCCAGUGGGCGCCAGCGCGCUGGGCUUCCUGGUGCUCUACUGGCUGUACAUCUUCCCGGUCUACCGGCUGCCGGACGAGAAGGAGAUCGUGCCCGAGGUGCUCCGGCAGCAGGGCAGAGCGUGGCGGAGGAACCUCAGCGCCGGGGCCGAGUUCAGGAAACUUCUCAAAGACUGUUGUGACCCGAGCCAUCACUUUGCAAUGACAAAAGAAAAUUCACCGGUGGGAAAGAGUGUCUGGUACGAUGGUGAAUUUCUGUACUACUUCACAAUUGACAGCGAAACCUUCUCUCUGUUUCCAAAGGCGAUUCCAUUCCAGCUGCCACUGAAGAGGUGCUCUGUGGUGGGCAACAGCGGCAUUCUGAAGAAGAGCCGCUGCGGCAAGCAGAUAGAUCAAGCGGACUUCGUCAUGCGAUGUAACCUUCCUCCACUAAGCAAUGCAUGCAGCAACGAUGUAGGAUCAAAAACUCAACUGGUAACUGCUAAUCCCAGCAUAAUUAAGAAAAGAUUCCAGAAUCUUCUUUGGUCCAGGAAAGCAUUUGUGGACAGUGUUAAAGUCUACAACCAGAGCUACAUCUAUAUGCCAGCCUUCUCAAUGAAAGCAGGGACCGAACCUUCUCUCCGAGUGUACUACACCCUUGCUGAUGUUGGAGCCAAGCAAACUGUGAUCUUUGCCAAUCCUAAUUUCCUCCAGGACAUUGGCAAGUUUUGGAAGAGCAAAGGAAUUCAUGGUAAACGGCUUUCCACAGGCCUCUUCUUGGUCAGUGCAGCUCUUGGUCUUUGUGAAGAAGUGACUAUUUAUGGUUUCUGGCCUUUUUCAGUGGACCUCCAUGGGCGAUAUAUUAGUCAUCAUUACUACGAUAAUGUCUUGCCAGAUUCAGGUUUCCACGCCAUGCCAGAGGAAUUCUUACAGCUGUGGUUUCUCCAUAAAAGAGGGGUCUUGCGAAUGCAGCUGGAACAUUGUGAGGAGUCUUGAUUUUGCUCUCCAGGGUGGGAACUUUGUGCAAUGGCAGCC